CCUGACGGCCCUGACCACGGCGCCCCUGCUGGAGGAGGCGCUCAAGGGCGGAGGCCAGGGCGCCGCCGAGGUCGAGACCGGGGCGCCGCCGCAGCCGGGGGCGGGCGGUGCCUUCUUCCCCAACGUGUCCAUGUCGGGGGCGCCGGGCUCGCCUCCGCCCUUCGCCAUGCCCAACACCAUGCCCCUCUACACGCCCGGAGGCGUGAACGUCCCGGGCCUCCAGCAGCAGCAACAGACGCCCCAGGCCACGAACAUGACGCCCAACCAGAUCCUCAUGUACCAGCAGAAUGUCCAGCGCGCCUUCCUGCAGUCCGCCGUGGCCCAGAACAUCCAGAUCCAACAACACCUGAUGGCGCAGAACCAGGCGUUGCAGCAGCUCCUGUCGCAGUCGGUGCCGCACAUGGGCAUGGCAUCCCGGGACUUUAACCCUCAGAGUGCCCUCGGCCUAAAUAUACUUGGCAUGAUGUCCAUGUCUGGCUUGCCCAUGGCGGCUGGCAUGCCCUUGUCGGGGAUGCCGGGCUUGUCAGGGAUGCCCAUGGCUUCUGGAAUCCCCAUGACGCCGGCAAUGCCCAUGGCAGCGGGUAUGGCCAUGUCACCAGGCAUGCCGAUGGCCCCUGGUAUGCCCGCGGGCUUAUCGGUGUCAUCUGGCAUGCCCAUGACGACUGGCGUACCCAUGUCCCCCGGGCUUCCCACGACGCCAGUGCCCCCUGCGGGCAUGAAUGGCAUCGCAGGCUUGACAGGCGUCCCGGGCAUGACAGGGACCCCAGAUGAACCCCAGGUUGGCAGGGCUCACUACCGGGUGGGCGGGGACACGUACUCGCUCCCCCAGAGGCGCGGCGUCGGCAGCAGCAACAAGGUGUCGUUCCAAGAGCCCGAACAGAGCGAGCUGUGGAGCACGGAGAAGGCCGGGAGCGCCGAAGGAGGCAAGGAAGGGGCGCAAGGAGGGAGCCAGAGACCCGCCGUGCCUUCGAUGUCCCCGCCUCCGCCCUUGGUGAUGCUGAGUCCGGGCAGCUCGGCGCCGAUGUUCUCGCAGGCGGCGGCCCUGUCCUCGCCCGUGCAGGACCAGUCGUCCAAGAAGACCUCGAACGCCUCCGAUGACGCCAAGAUGUUCCACGACUUUAGCAUAGGACCUGGGUCUCCGGGCUCGCUUGGCUCGCCUCCAGGAAACGCCUUCGGAGCCACCGAGUCUCCGUGGGGGGGCGUGGUGCCGCCUCCCCCGCCCAUGCCGACGCACCUGCAAGGGGAGGACGGACAGGGUGGCUUCAUGGACCCUUACCAGCGAGCCAAGACCGUCAGGAUAGGCAAGUGGCGCUGGCCUCCUCCCAAGGGCGAGGAGGAUCCCAACGACUCCUUCCUGCAGUUCAAGAUCAGGCAGCAGAGCAGGAAGACCUCCAAACAGAGCGACGGAAGGGACUCGCAGCGCCCGAGCCGCGACGAGAGCUUCGGCGUGGAGUGGGAGGAGUUCGAGAUGGGCGGCAUCCCGAGCAGCGCCGAGCAGAGCCCCCGCAAGGACAGCCACGAGAAGAUCCAGAUGCACAUGCAGCAGAUGCAGCUGGAGGGGCAGGCGCAGCAGCAGACCAACGGCUUCGGCCCCAUAUCCCCGAGGGACGCGACGGACGGCAAGGAGAAGGAGAAGGAGAAGAGCGCCCCACGCAGGCGGAGGGACUCGUGGGACAACCCCAUGGACGAGGGCAAGUCGCCGGGCAUCGGGAAGCUCAAGAUUUCGCGCGAGAUGAGGGAGAAGCUGGAGGCGCUCACGUCGUCGCAUCCGUCCAGAUCCAAGAAGAGCCCGACCCAGAAGCAGACGCGCGGCGUCCCCAAGAAGCUGGAGGCGCACCGCCAGUACCUCCUUCAGCACCAGCUGGAGGGCGACAAAUGGGACACCGUGGACUCGUCCAAGGGCGUGUCGUCCAAGGGCGAGAAGGGCGCCGUGCCUCCGCCGCCGCCCAUCGCCCCGCCCAACGCCUUCUCGGGCAGCUCGCGGGCGGACGUCAGGUACCACCGCUCCAAGUCCCCGGACCCGUCGGUGUCGUCGCAGGAGAGCUCGCCGGUCAUCCCGCAGCCGAGGUCGCCGCCGCCGCCCAUCCAGCCGUCGGGCUUCCGCGGCGGCAUCGAGCUGCGCGUCGAGGCCAGCGAGCGCCGCACCUCCGUGUCCACCAUGCACACCGAGAAGACGGAGCACUUCGAGCUGGAGGAAUCGUCCGAGUUCUUGCAGCCGGUGGACCAGGCGCCGAUCCUCGUGGACAAGGAGAUGGAGAAGAGGUCCUACGAGGCCAUGAAGACCCGCCUGCUCCCGGCGCCGCACAGCCCCCACCUCACGUACUCGCGCGUCCCGUGGUCGCUCAGCCUCAGGAAGGAGGUGUUCGCCCCGGGGGAGACGCUGCACGGGGACGCCCUCCACCUGGUCUUCUGCCAAGUGGUUCUCGACGUGUACGCAGGAAACACGCCGAGGAUCACACACGAACAGCGCACGCACAUGAGGAAGAUCAUGGACAACCGCGGCAUCACCCCCAACAACACCUUCUCUCAACACCACAAGACGAACGUGAAGCGCGAGAUCGUCGACUUGGCUAAGUCUUGGCCGCUCUACUUUGCCGCCAUUUUCCCUGUUACGGGUUCGCGCAAGUCCGGCGACGUGGAGAUGGUGGCCGUGUCUCACUCGGGCGUCAGGCUGCUUCGUCGCGACCACAACCACCUCUCUGUUCUCAACUCGUACAGUCUCGAGGAGGUGGAGGAGGCCGAGUGUCCCCGCGCGGGCUCCCUUCGCCUGACGGUGGCCGGGGGCGGGCUCAUCGUGCUGUACACUCCGAGGGCACGACAGAUCGCCGCCAUCCUCAACAAGUACACAGCUUCGGCGCCGGGAAGCCGCGAGUUCGUGCGCGCCAUCGCCGACUACAUGACCACCGGCUCGACGCUCCUGAACUUCAAGAAGGGAGACAUCAUCAGGAUCAUCACCACGGACCAGUACGGCGACAAUGGCUGGCUCCAGGGCACGCUGGACGGUCGCUCGGGGCUGUUCCCGAUGGAGUACGUGGUGCCCAUCGGCCGUUCGGAGGCCAGGAGCGCCGCCAAGGAAAGGGUUAAUCACGUGAAGCCAGAGGACGCCAUCGACCCGGGGCUGAUCGAGAACGAGUCUGAGAUCCGCAGCGCCGUGAGCGGGACGACCUCGACGUGGACGCAGCCGCCGCAGCACAUCAGCCACAACCACAACCUCAACCACAACCACAACCACACGCUGAGCCACGACGAUUCGGGCCACUCUUCGGGCGGCGAGGGCGGCGGCGGCGGGCGGUCGGGCAGCGGGGCGAGCGGCAGCGGCAGCCAGCCCGUGGUGCACGACGGCAAGCACUCGCUCCUGCAGUUCGCCCUCCAGCACUUCCGCAUGUCCAAGGAGCAGGGCAUCGUACAGUCCGACGGCACGCUGCAGGCCGGCAACAACAAGAACAAGAAGAAGAAGACGAGCAAAGACCAGGUCGCGGAGUGGACGUGGAAGGAGCAGGUCGAGAUGGUGAAGUUCAGCCAGUCGCCCUUGACCGCGUCGCUGCUGCCCCUCGUGCCGGAGCUGGACAACCUGGCCAUCGAGACCUUCGUGGCCGUCAUGCGCUACAUGGGAGACUACCCCAUGGCCCCCCAGCAGACGGAGGUCCACUGCGUCUACACGAUCCUCAUGAACUGCCACAAGCACCACGCCCUCCGCGACGAGGUCUACUGCCAGAUCAUGAAGCAGACCACCAACAACAAGUCCUCCAUCCCCGACUCCUGCCAGCGCGGGUGGAGGCUGUUCUCCAUCGUCGCCGCCUACUUCACCUGCUCCGAGAGCCUCAAGCCUUACCUCUUCAAGUAUUUGGAAACCGCGGCCUACGAUAAAAGGAGAGCGUAUCACGGCACAUCGAUGGUUUGUCUGCAAAACCUCCGCAAGACCUUCAAGUACGGAGGUCGCAAGAAUGUGCCAAGCAUCGAGGAAAUCACAGCCAUCACCGCGGGAAGGAACUCCAAGAGACAGAUCUACAGGCUUCCAGGAGGCACCGAGAGGGUCAUCAACACGAAGAGCACCUCGGUCGUCCAGGACAUUAUCGAAGAGAUGUGCAGCCUCAUAGGAGUACGAAAUCCCAACGAACAGGAGGAGUACAGUUUGUAUUGCAUCGUCGAGGGAGACACCUUCACCAUGCCGCUGGCCAGAGAAGAGUACAUUCUCGACGUCACGACAGAACUCCUGAAGAACCAACAGGUCUUCUACCUGAUCUUCUGCCGGAGCGUGUGGUACUACCCCCUCCGCUCGGAUAACGCCCUCUAUUACGAGGUCGUGUUCAACCAGAUCGCGCCAGACUACCUCGAGGGACUGCUGCUCGUCACGCCCGGGGAACAGCUGCAGCAGGAUGUCAUCUACGACAUCGCCAAGGUCGCCGCCCUCCUGCACCGCGCCGCCGACCUGGAGGACGUCCCCACGAUGAAGGAGGUCAAGUACCUGCUCCCGAAGCCGGCGCUGACGGUGCGGGACGUGAAGCCUCCGCAGUGGGUCAACAUGGUGCAGUCUGCGUGGCCGGAGGUGUCGGCGCUCACCAGCCUGCAGGCGAAGGCGCAGGUUCUGGAAAUCCUGCAAUCGUGGCCGCUGUUCGGGUCGUCCUUCUUCGCGGUGAAGCGAGUGACGGAGCCCAAGGAGCGCUCCGACCACAUCCUCGCCCUCAACAAGAACGGCGUCCACUUCCUCGACCUCCUCACGCAUGAGACCCUGAUCAAGUACAGCCUGGCCGAGGUGAUGAGCACGCGCAAAGUGAAGAGCGAGGACGAGCUCUACCUGGACAUGAAGUGCGGCAACCUGAUGCAGCAGCGAAUCACGCGCAUCCAGACCGAGCAGGCGCAUGAGAUCUCCCGCCUCAUCCGCCAGUACAUCACGAUCGAGCAGCGCACGACCGGCCAUUCCCGAGGUGACAAUCCCAAGGACGUGACGCUCUCGAGAUGAGUCCCGAGAGAAGGCGAAGGACGGAGGAGGAAGGAGCACUCUGGCGGGGGCGCAGGGGAGGUUGUUUUAGACUUGCGUUCCCCGAGAAGUGGAUGUGAAAGGAAGACAUUUCGAGGGCGGCGAGGCUCUUAGUUGGGCUAAUAUACCGGAGAGACUGCUACAUAUAUAUAUAUAAUGUUUAUAUAUAUAAAGAUCAUAUCAUAUAUCAUAAGUGGAACGAAAAUACUUCUAUAUAAUUGCAAUAAUGAACCCUCAGUCUUACGCACCCAUGUACAGUCUUUCCCAAAAGAGGAAAACGACGACAUGAAUGCUCAAGUACACGAUUUUUUAAUGCCAUGUAAGUAUUGACUUAGGCGAGUGUGGGUGCUACAUUGGUGUGAGUGUUAUCACAUCACAUGGUUGUAUUCCCCGUAGUGACAGGGCGUUGUUUACUGACGUUUCCCAUUACAGGGGGAGUCGAGAACCUAAACUCCAGUAUUUGACUUUUUUAUCGUGAAUGAGAUUGAUGAUGAUGAUGAAGAAGGUUUUCGUUGUUGUUUUUUU